UAUUUUCUUUUGUAAGUCAAAACAGGGAAAAAAAUAAGUAGGUUUUGGAAUAUUUACCUUAAAGCUUCACUGUUUCCUUAAAUUUAUCCAUAUAUGAUUCUUUUUAAAAGAGGUCAUAAAAGUGGGUGGACCUAGGUCGCUAAUUAGACAGUGUUUUAGUGUUAUGCAGGUGAAAUUAACUUUUCUGAUGAUGAAAAAUGAAGGGGGUCGAUAAUUCACCAGCUGAUCGUGAAGGGAUGACAAACAAACCAAUAAUAACAUGUGCUGGAGAUUGGAACUUAUUCUGUACUCUGGAAGCGCCAUUAGUGGCUGCAAUUCCUCAAGAUUCGUGUGAAUGGCGAAGGUCUUACGGUCGAAUCACUAAAUUCGUGUAUUUAGAAGCAUCCUUUGUAAAAUUUAAUAAGGACAAGAAUCAAUCUGAAUUAAAUCUUCUAAAACGACCGAUAUUCCACGUUUAUUGGACUGACUGUGUAGACAUAGAGUAUUAUAAAACAACACUCAGAGAAGACAUUGAAGCAUGGCUCAAAUAUUUAGAGAAAAACAAUGUAACAGACUGGAUGAUAGUUUUAGUAGAGACUUACGAUAUAAGAAAAACAAACAAAUUAUUACCAAGAACAACAGUUUUAGAUAAAAUAAAGGGUGAUUUUUCAGUUAAACAAACUGAGGAUAGAUUUAUUUCAGUUAUUAAUCCAAUAAAGUCUGAAGCAAGAAGUGCUGAGUCAUGGAGAGCUUUGGUAGCGAAAGUGAGGCAUUUCGUUCUCGUAGCCUAUAACAAAGCACUCAUUAAGUUCGAGGAGCACAUGAGGGAACAGAGAGAGAAACGAAAUGAUCCAGAAUGGGAUUUUUGUAAAUAUUUUAUUUUACAAGAGCAAUUAGCAUUUGUACUUGAAAUGCUUGGUCUCUAUGAAGAAGCUUUAGUGCAGUAUGAUGAAUUGGAUGCUUUAUUUUCGCAAUUUGUACUCAAUUCUAAUAUAGCUGAAAGUCCAAAAUGGCUUGACACAUUUAAGCAACAAGUGACAUCCUGGCAAGCAGUAAGACUGACAGCAUUAGUACCGCAGAAUUUAAGGGAAUUAAUUAUUAAGAAAAAGGCAUCUCUAUUAGACUUUAGAAGUUAUUUAUUCCAACGACAAAGUGCCAUGUUACUACUUACUUUUAAGCCGUGGGAGAUAGCGUCCCGUUGUCUAACAACGGUCCACAACACGCUGGUGGAGUUGUCGCUGCUGGGCGCGCAGGCGGUGGAGGGCGCGGCUGCGUGCUGGGCGCACCUGGCGUGCGUGGAGACGCUGCGCGCCUGCGAGCGACUGUCCUCCACCAACACUGCGCUGGAGGCUUGUACCGCUAUGCAUGCGCCCUUGUUACAUAACGCUAAGGAUAAGUUGCACGAGCUCGGAAAGCUCUGUGGCUUGUUGCCGGGCUCGCCAGACCCGUCGUCCGAGCAGCUGCAUUUGGUGGUCAUGUUGUCCGCCGGCAUGGGAGACAGCGAGCCCAACAACCAGCAGAGUCCGACAGAUAGACUGAAGGAGGCACUGUGCAGCAGGAACAGCUUCCAACAGUACUACUUAGAGCUGGCUGAGCUCGCUAUGGGAACGUACAAACAUAUCGGAAGGUUAAGAUUCGCGCGUCACAUCGGGCGCGACCUGGCGGCGUUCUACUCGGAGCUGGGCGAGACGGGCAAGGCGGUGGUGUUCCUGACGGACGCGCUGCGCUCGUACGAGGAGCAGGGCUGGCGGGACCUCGCCGCGCACGCGCGCCUCGAGCUCGUGGCCGCCGCGCAGCGCGUGCGGGACGCGCACAGGUAUACUAAGCUCUCUGCUAGAAUUGCUAGUACGGCCGAGUUGGAGAUUCUAGUCAGAAAUUUUUAUUUCGAAGAAAUGAUGAAAUCGAUCCGCGACAAUCUCGCGGAUAAAGAGGAAACAGUACUAACCGAGCUCAAUGACUGUUUCCGGAUAGUAUCCGCGACGUUACUGCCGUCCGAACGUGAUGUUUACAUCACGGAUAAUAAAAUACAAUGUCGUUUUGUCGUCGAUAGUUAUAUGCCCAAAGAUGUUAAUUGUACUCGGGCGGCUAUUAGCGUAGAAGUAUAUCAAGACAAACAAAUAGAAAAGAGGACGCCCGUCAAGAAUAAUAAGACUGAUUUAAGUGUUAGCGUAGGUUCACAGUCCAACUCACCGAGGAGAUCGACGCCUGAUGAUACUUCGGAAAAUGAAUCCAAUACUUUAAUUACUAGUAUAAGACUAGAUGAUCUAAAACCUAAAAACCCAUUGUUGAAUCCAAUGAACAUUACGUCUAAGUUACAUUACAAAGAGGAUAAAACACUUCAGAAAGCGACUGUCGAAUGUCAAAACCCUAAAGUCACACUGAAGCGAUCUGAUAGCAGCAAAUAUAGAAAACCUUCAGCCACUGUCAGAAAUAGUUACGAAAUGUGUUUCUCUGCGAACGACAUUAUAAUAAAGCCAGGGUUAAAUGAUAUAACCGUCGAAUAUAUAGCGAAACAGUGCGGCAAAUUCAAAUUAGGGCAGAUUUCUCUGGUAAUUGAGGGUAAACUGGAGUUCUUGUCUAACGCUCUUGUGACUAGUAAAAUUGGUUAUGAGGUGGAAACGCAAGGAGUAAGCGUUUAUUUGAAUAAAGUCGAAGCUAAGAAGGAUCUGGUAGCGGGCUUGGAACAAGAGAUGGAGCUGGUGGUGAACAGUGGGAGUUCGAAGAUUGAAGAGAAUGCGACAAUCGAACUGCGCACGUCGACUGGCCUUCACAUGCGCUUCGUGGACGACCAAUCAGCGAUGUCUCGUGAACUCUCUAUACCAAUUGCAGCGAUUGGACCGUUCGAAACUACUAAAAUACAACUGCGAUUGUUUGCGAUCUUACAACCGAAGAGGGAGAAAAGUAUUGAACAUACUGUUUGGCUGAACUGUCCAUGGUGGGAAGCAGCCAUGGAGGUGCCGCUACACUUCGUACCACCCAUGUCUGCCUCCUGGCGUCUGCUGACCUCGAACACCAGGAAGCUGGUGCACAUCACGCUCAAGUCCACCGUCGCACAUCCAAUGCACUUCCUUCUCACCGACCCCAGUUUAGACUGUGAUUCAAAUAACAAUGUCUCCGAUUUGAACCCGAAGAACGCUGGGGAUCUGGUGGUUGCUUCAGAUGGUACGACUGCAUCAUUCAUGUGGGAGUUGCUCAAAGACCCGUUAGUGAAAGCUGGACCGAUGAAAGCGACAUUUUCAGUCAACUAUCGUCUUAAAUCGGCCAAAGAGGAAACUUCUAGAAGAUUCUCUUGUCCAUUUGACAUUCAGGAUUACACAACGCUAUUUGUUAUCAGGACGAAAUUGGAACCGGGGAAAGGUUCGGACUUUUGUAGAGCGUCUCAGGUUUGCUGUUUGCAGCUAAAUGUGCAGAGGGUAAAUGAAACGGAACACACCUCCCUGAUGUAUGAAGUUUUAGCUGAUCAAACUAUGUGGGCGGUGCUUGGCCGCACAGCAGGCGUGAUAACGAUGGAGUCCAGCUCUACGGAGGGUCAGUGCGUGUCGCUGGACGUGAUGCCGCUGGGUGCCGGCUACCUGCCGCUGCCUGCCGUCAGGCUCUCCAAGUACAUCGCCGCGAACACACGAGAUCCAAAGAAAGAUAUAUCAGCUCACCCAAGAUUGGAGCCCUUCAGUCCGGGUCAAGUGUACCACGCAGGCAAGGCCAAGCAGAUUCACGUGCUGCCGCCGGCUCCUAAAGAACACUUGGAUAUAACUAUUUAAAUUGUUCUUGAAUGUAUGUAAAUUGUAUUUCCAAUAUCGUUAUGAAUACUUAUGAUUCUAUACAUGGGCAUGGUGCUAACUAAAAAACACAUUUGGAAAUAUUGUGUUGUCCACACAUGUUAGUGACAAAUGUAACUAACCUUAAGUUGUCAACGAAAAUUGUUACAAUAUUGUGUAAUUGUUCGUGACUUUUCAAGUAAACAGUUGCAAACACAAAUUUCAAACUAAUUGAAUGGCAACUCACCGUAUUACAUUGAAGUCUGGUAAUCGGAUUUUGUAAACAUUUUGUUUAUAGAUAAUGCUGCCACUUGUGCUAGUUCUUUUCUUAAAUUGGAUAUAAGGUUUAUGUAUGUACAUUACCCCCGUAGGAUUUCAUUGGCUUUAAUAAUAGAAAAAUGGGAAAGAAUGUUGCUUGAUUGCUUGCUCUCUGAAUAAAAUAAUGGACCGCUUGUUAGCUGUGCUAAAAGUUAUAUGGUAAUGUCAAUUAAAACGCACAUAUAAAAAUUAUUCAUUUUAUAAUAUAUAAAAAAAAAUCAUUUUAUUUUAACCAUUCAGCUAUAAUUUAAUAAUUAAUUUAAAAAACUAUAUUGGAUAUGAAUGGUAUAUAAGAAAUAUUUAAAAAAGUAUCGAUACAUACCUCAUUUAAUGAUCAUGCCCUAAUCUAAUGAAGAUUUUGGUCUCUUUUUCAUCUGCUACGAUGUAUUGAGAAAAAGGUAUUCUUUUUAACAAGCUGAUAGAAAUUUCUCUGUUAAUAUAAACUAUAUUAUGAACCACAUUUCAAAUAUAUUUUGUAGGACUAUAGUCGGAAGAUAAAUAUCAUUGCUUGGAAUAGUAAUUUCUAUAAUGUCAACUAUUUCAAAAUUUUAUGUCAUUAAAAUAUACAAUACAUGGCUUUAGACAGAUUAAGGGUUCAGUUUGAGCUUCAAAUAUUCCUAAUACAAGACAAUGGUUGGCAAUCACUAAAUGCCGUUAUAAUUUACAAUUUAUUAUUGCUUAGUUUUAGUAUUUAUUGUAACAAAAAAAAAACAACGAAACUUAAUAAAAUAUUACGUCAAGAAAAAGGCACAUCUGUACAUAGCACAGUGACAAAGUACUUUGCUUAUGAAAACUAAAAAGAUAUCUUAAAUUAAAAAAAAAAAUAAAGAUUUUAAUUUUUUUUUAAAAAAGAAAUUGUCUAAAACAGGAAUAUCCCUUGAAAGAAAUGGAAAAGGAUAUUAGCGUGUGCAAAAUUUUUGAAAUAGACCUACAAAAAACAAAUGUCAAGGUGUCCAAAUAUUAAAAAAAACUUUUUUUUAUAUUUUAUCAUCAGUUAUAAAAAAAAGACAUUUGUGUGUGCAAUUUAUUUUGAAAUGGCAAUGUUAUUCUGCUAAAUAACAAGCCAUAUGCUUCUAACUCCCAUCCGUUGUCUGUGAAGUCUUGGACCAUACAAUAUAUGUGAUAAAUGUAUUUAUGGAGAUCUUUGUAUAUUGUGCAGUUAUGAAAUUUACAGUUAAGGCUAUUUAAGAUCAUUCAUAAUAUUUACUUGUGUGUGCUGAUAAUUCUCGUUUGAAAUAUCAUUGAAAUCUUAUACAAAUGUUCUAUGAUUAAGGGUUAGAUUAUUUUCUGUUCUGAGGCUUAAAAUAUAUUACUUAUUUUUUUUUCAAAUUAAUCAGACAAAUGUAUAGAUGUAAAAGGUCUUAUCAAAUUAUUCCAAUUAAUUAUAUUAAUUCAAGUCUCUGAGUGUAAAUAUUUUCGAUAUUUUUUUUUUUUCUAGUGGUAGUCAAUAGCUAUGUUAAUUAUAUUUACAAAUAGAUGCUCUGCUAAUAUAUUUGUAAUAAUUAAAAACAUAUUGGCAAAUCGUAAUCAUAUUAGCUAUUGAUAUUACUUCAAUUUUCUCAUUAAUUUCAUUAGAUAUUAUUAAAUGUUUGUUAUAUAAAAUCUAGUACAUAAAUAGUGUUAAAAAUGGAGCUUUCGCAAUAUUACAGUUGUCUGUUGUAACUGUAUUAGUUGUAGCUUUUAAAAUAUAUUCAUGUAAGUGAAGCCAUACGUUAUUUCAUUUCAGCAAUUAUUAUUUAUUAAACAACGAUUUAAUAUGUGUAGUCAUUGUUAUUGUUUAUUUUCAUAUAUAAAUAUCAACUUAAUUUCCAUGAGAUUGGAGUACAAAAUCGUCUGCUAUUUGGUUUUAGUACAUCGACGCCAUAUUUGUUAUCAUAGAUUAAUAAUAACUAGUCUUUGUUCUUGUCUAUUAUUCAUCUAUGACAUUCGAAUUAUGUUUGGGUGCUAAAAUGAUUCUCACCGAAAUAUUUAAUGUAUGAAUAUUUUAAAUUAUGCAUUCAAUUGUGCUCCUUUACAUUUAAUAUGUAAUGUACUGCGUCGUAUUAAUAUAACUUAAAUGUUUACUCAGUUGUUUUUUAAGAAAUUAUUUACGUUUAUAUAUUUUAUUGUUUAACGAUAAAGUAAUAAAAUAACACAUAUUUCCCGACUUAAAUGAAUUAAAAUAACAUCGAGCUUCGGAUGUAACGUCAAAGGUUUGUAGGAAUCAUUUAUAUAUCAUGCUACCAAAUAGAACAUAAUAAUUAUAUUCUUUUUUUUUUAAUUUGUAAAGCUAAGAAAAAUUGUAUUUGGCUUAAUAACCGUGGCAUUACUGGAUGUAAAAAUUAUACUUAAUUUAAUUAUUAUAUAAUUGAAUGUACAAGUAAGAUGGUAUUUAUUUCAUAUUACGUAUUUUUGUUUUUUUUUUAACAUAAGCACAAGAAACAAGUAAUUUGUUUUCGAGUAUAAAAGCGCCAAAAACCAAAGGUUACUCAAUUUAAUUUGACCAUCCUAAUUAUUAUUUUUUUUUUAAAUAUAAUAUGAACAAAUAAUUUCAUAUUAUAUUGGCUGGAUAUAAUUUAAUUUUUUAAUUGAAAUCUAAAAUUGUAUACAUAGAUAUAAGUUUUGUCAUAAUAAAUGUCGUGGUAGACUCAUUCGACUAAUUUAUUAUUAUUUUUUGUAACAAGCAAAACUAUUUCUCAAAAAUACAUGUUUGUUAUUGUAAAUAUUAUUCAAACUGUAUAACUGAAGAAUUUAUUUAUAUUCAAUUACAUAU